AUGCGUGCACAUUUUGCACCACCCCUUCAACUAAAAGGAUUUAAAGAAGCAGCUGAAAUGUCAUCAAAUAAUAUUAAUUUAACACCAGUUAAUGAACGUUUAAAAAUUUGUGAAGCUAUUGAUAUUAUUAAUAAGAAAGCACCAGAAUUAUUUGCUGAAUUUGCUGAAGAUGAAAUAAUUAUGCGACAAGAAUUAGAAAAAACUAUGGCAUUAUUAGUUUUUGAUAAACCAUUAGAAUCUUCGUAUGGUUAUUUAAUGCAAAUAUCACAUCGACAAUAA